GCGAGAGAGGGGACGUGACGGAGUUGAAUUUUGGAGGAAACAAAUAACAAAAUUAGUUUUUGGUUUAAUUGAUUCGAAUAAUUUUUUAUCGUCGAGAUUCGAGUUGGACACAGCGAGAGAGAGAGAGAUGCCUCCGCCGAUCAAAGAACCCUGCAAGAAGGAAGCGUGCGAUAUUCAAGCUUGUCUUACCAAAAACAACUUUCUUCCCCACAAGUGCGUCAGGGUCAUUCAACUAUUGCAACAUUGCUGUGAGAACUGCGAUUACAAAUCAACACAUUGUGCUUCUGUUUCUGGCCUCUUAAAGCAAAUAAAGCCAAAAGGCCAGAAAUCUUGAUUCAAGGCAUCUCAGGUGUAAUCCAGCUUAGAAGUCACACCUCAUUAGGUGUUGUUUUUAACUUAAAGCCACAAUACGAUGUUUUGCAAAAUAGGCGAAAGAAAGAUAUGAGACCAGAGGCCUUCGAUGGAUCAACGGACAGCCAACAAAGUUGCCAUUUCUUUCUAAAUCCAUCACCUGCAAUAUUUUCUAACAAAAUAUUUUAAUUCUUUCUCAAUGUCAAAGCAUGAUAAAAAUUGACGACUAAUUUUGACUGUUUCAGUUUGUACUUCGCUGAUUGGGACACCACCAAUAGUUGGAAGAAUCAAUUAAACUUGAAUUAUAUCCAUUGCAAGUUCUUGUAUCUCAAUUGUCUAAAAAAAUUCUGGAAA